GUCAGAUGGUGUUUUAUACGUCAAGUCUACAAUACAUUCCUUGUCUUCGUCCUGAUAGCAAGGUAUCGUAUGUAGUGCUCAAAUAGGUUCAGAAUUGUGCUACAAGAAACAGAAAUGAGCUCAGAGAAAUUUGAAACUCUGGAUGAAGAUGUACAAGUUUUGUUCGAAAUUCUGCAAAGAAAGUGUUCCGGUAAGCUAGAACAAUGUUUUGGCGAAGAAAAAAAGCAAGUUAUUGCCGAUGUCGAAAGAGGACUAGAUGAAGCUAAACAAGCAAUAUUUGAAAUGGAAGCUGAAGCUAGAGCAGCUCCUGGCUCUUUUAGGAUGGACAUGAUUGGCAGAGUACGAAGACAUCAGGACACCUGUUCCAAACUUGCUCUAUUGAUCAAUUCUUCCAAGCAAUCAGAAAUGUCUCUGGCCUCAUCAAGAGGAAAACUGUUGGAAAACCAAUCCACUGCUGCAUUUAGCCAAAACCGGGGCAUUGAUAAUGCUCUUCAAACAACUGUUCGCCAAGGAACUGCAGUUCUGGAAAGAACAUCACAGAGCCUCUACAGAACUACUCAGGUUGCUUUAGAAAGUGAAGAGAUUGGCACUGGAGUUAUUCAAGAAUUAAGUCAACAAAGAGAAGUGCUUGUUCGUACAAGAGAUAGAUUGACUGAAACGGAUGCAGAGCUGGGAAGAAGUAGAAGAAUCCUUAAGUCAAUGUCUCGUGUUGCUAUGACUAAUAAGCUUGUCCUAAUUGUCAUCAUUCUGUUGGAGAUAUGCAUUUUGACAGGUUUAGUUUAUUAUAAAUUUUUUUCUUGAAAUUAUUGUCCUCAAAUUCUUAACAUACCUCAUCAAAAAUGUAACUAAUAGUGUUAGUGCCUUGAAUUUGUGUAAAAGCCGAUACAAAAAUAUAAUCAUGCGCAUAGCGA